ACCUGGGGAAGGAAUCCUGCUUGUAGCGAUCGGCUGCUUUCAAAUUUGCUGUUUUGAAGUUAUUGUCUCAAUGUUAAAAAUGAGAUGAGGACGAGUCUCUGUUGAUCGAGACUGUCCAUUGUGACAUCACCUUGGCUGAGGAAUGGAUUCGUGCUCUUCCAAUGCUGGCCGACAGACAAACUCAGGGUCUCCUCUCAGUCCAGGGAAUAUAAGCUAGUCAUGCUGGGAGAAGGUGGUGUUGGGAAAAGUGCAAUAAUUAUGCAGUUCAUCAGCCAUAGGUUUCCAGAGGACCAUGACCCCACAAUUGAGGAUGCAUACAAAACUCAGAUCCGAAUUGAUGAUGAGCCAGCCAACCUGGAUAUCCUAGACACUGCAGGGCAGGCUGAAUUUACAGCAAUGAGAGACCAGUAUAUGCGUGCUGGUGAAGGUUUUAUCAUUUCUUAUUCUAUCACUGACCGACGCAGCUUUCAUGAGGCUCGAGAGUUCAAACAACUUAUUCAUCGUGUUCGUAGAACUGUAGACACACCUGUGGUGUUGGUGGGGAAUAAAUCUGACCUUGUUCACCUUCGACAAGUAUCCACAGACGAGGGCCGAGGACUGGCCAGGGAGUUCAGCUGUCCCUUCUUUGAGACUUCAGCUGCUUUACGGCACUACAUAGAUGAUGUGUUCAUUGCUCUCGUACGACAGAUCCGUCAGCGUGAUAAAGAAGCUGUCCUUGCGCUGGAGAGGAAGAAUCGGAAACAUGCCUCAGUCUGGAAACGACUUAAGUCCCCAUUCAGACGAAAAAAAGACACUGUUAACUGAGUGUUGUAUUUUUGUCCUGUUACACACUGAGAUAUCAAAGUACAUCAAUACUGUAAAAGUUAAGGUAUCUUAAGGGUCGCAACCCCCAAAGGGAAAGUGUAGGCCACACCAUAUUGAAUUGGUGUAUAAAAACUCUGCAGUCUGCACGUGCUGAUAUAAAGCUUGGUGAGAAGUGGCCACAAACAUCAGUUACAAUUUGACUAUCGCACAGAGUAACUUGCCACACAUAAAUUACAUCACUGGAUAGUAAAGAAAGGGAAUUGGAUUGCAUUGUGCUCUCCAUUGUUUAGUUAGAUAAACAACUAAAAAUUCUGGUAUUGUAAAAGUCUCCAGUGUGAAACAAUUAUAACUCCUAACCACCAAACAAAAUAAUUUACCUUUGAUAGAAAUCUUAGGGUUCUGGUGGUUUUACAUGCAUUCAUUUACAAAUUAUUGGGUGGAUGUCAUUUACUUUUGGGUUGUUUCUGUUUGGUUUAUGGGAUCCUGACUUUUGUCCUUUUUCUAACCCCA